UAAAAAAAUUACAAACAUUGGGGUUAUGUAGUGUUGUUGACAAUGUGUCAAAAAGGGUGAAAACAAUGAUUUUAAGAUGAUGAUCGAAACGAAAAUCGAUAUAAGAAACGACCAGAAACAGAAAAAACAUCCGUGCGGUUUAUCCUUAUGGCGCUGCGUGACGAUAUUCCUUUCCCUCUUCAUAAUCGUCACCGUUUUAGUGUUGUGCAAGGCAUACAUAAAAAUAGUGUUAAUAUGGCUAGAAAAUCAGAACCCCACCGUAAUCUCAAUCACGAUCGUGUUCCUGUUCGUCAUAGUUUCCCUUCCAAUUAGCAUCGGAUACAUUGUUCUGGUCGUUGCCAGUGGUUUUCUGUUUGGUAUCAUUCGAGGGCUCUUGCUGAGUGUUCUGGGGGCUAAUUUUGGACUGUUCAUUGCCCACAACAUUCUGAAAAUGGUCUCACACUACGAGAGUGUGUACAAGCUCACACAAAACGAGACGGCGCAAGCGAUUAUGAGAGUUAUAAGUGGACCACUGUGCUUUAAAAUUGUGCUGUGCUCAAGAUUAACCCCGAUUCCGUUCGGUUUGCAAAACAUCAUUUUUGCCUUGAGUAACGUGUCCGCGAAGGUGUAUCAUUUGGCGUCCCUUUUGGGGCUGUUCCCCGCUCAACUUGUAGGUGUUUACGUAGGUUCCACUUUGCGUUCCAUGCACGACGUGCUAGAAAACCAUCACAUCUCUUCCGCCACCUAUUUUUUCAUCACUGUACAAAUAUUGUUUGGGGCUUUCUUAAUAUUCUGGUUGGGCACCAAAGCGAGGAGCGAAUUAAUGAAAGCUUUGGCUGAAGCUGACACUGUACCAUUGACGACUUCCAUUGUGUGAUUUUAUAGUUGUACAAUUAUUUUUUGACCAAAGAACGAUUUUAUUAUAUUGUAUUGUAUAUUGAA